AUGGCAGGACCGGAGAAUAUCAACGACCAUAACGAAAAUAUUCGUCAGAUGCAAUCCGAACUCGAGACACUUCGAUCAAAAGGUUCACAUGCUGGAAGCUCCUACGAUCGUCACAUUGGAGAUCGUAUUGCUUAUCUUAAAGCUCAAAUUCACGUUGUUACUUUGAAACAUAAGUUGAUUCAGCUUCACAACAACAUGGAUCCUUGUAUAUAUGAUCUCAAUCCAAAAGGUAUCAUUGAUUUAACAAGCGUUGGACGCAAGGAUGGCACACCUGCAUGGAAAGACGUUCUUCCGCAAAUAAGUGACGGUCAUGUUUAUUCAUACAAUCCUUGUUAUUCGUUCACUCAAGUAAAUUGCCUAGAUGUCGCUGCUUGUCAAGCACAUCAGACCGAUCCGAAGCUAACAUAUUCAUUAGGUACACAGAACAGUGUGCAAUGGAGAACCAAUCUAGGUCAAGAACUACCGACAUUAGUGUAUAAAACUACCGAACGAACAUUAGAAGUCACUUUAAAAUGUCUCGGCCCAAAGGAAUCUAAUAGAUUGGACGUUCAAGGCCUUGAUACAGUCAAACGCAUUUACAGUAUGACAUUGUCUUCGAAAUGUGCCUGUUGGGAUGGAUGCGGUUCUGGUUCGACAGCGAAUGAUGGAAUCAGUGGAGGUUUAGUCUUCAUCAUCGUAUUGUUCGCGUUGCUGUGUAUCUACUUGAUUGGUUUUAUGGUGUUUAAUAAAUUCAAACGACAAGCUACUGGAUUGGAUAUGCUUCCACACCGUACUUUCUGGAUUUCAUUACCUGGUUAUGCGUUGGCAGGAACGAGAUUUAUAUUCGGAAAGAUAACGAAUAAGAAAACGGAUUACAGCUCCAUUCCAUAA